AUGCUCAUGGACGCCGCGAAGAAGGAGAACCGACCAACGGACCUGCAAAUGAACCAACAAGUGAUCGUGCAGCAGCAGCCGCUGAAAGCACCGAUAUCAACCUUCGACGGUCAGUAUGAAAAUUGGCCAAAGUUUGAAGCGAUGUUCCUUGACAUCAAGGCCAAGUCGAACGAUACGAACUCCAUCAAGCUGUACCGUUUGGAUGAAGCUCUCGUUGUUCAACAAUCCAUCGUUGCUUAUGCCUUUGUUGUCGUUUGGAACCAGUUUUGCGAGGAUGCAUUGAAAGAAAUAACACCUAAUGAGAAGGAAGACCAUGCAGAGUUUGUUGUCCUCAGUGAUACAGUUCGUCACCGACGUGCCAAAACGCUUAAUUUAUCACCAACUAAUAAGGAAUCCAAAGCGAAAGAGAUAUCCGUUAGGAACCUCGAACAACAGUCAAACAUUUUGCCUGAUAUUUUACCCGCCACGUUCAGGCUGGUAGAAACAAGUGCUUUGUUUUCUUGCAUAUCCAGCGCCGAACCAUUGCAGCAAGCUAAAUCCGAAACGAGGACAGUGAGUCAUCACUACAGUGAGUGCUCAGUAGUUGAAGUAAAAGAGAAAAAUAUGAGCGCUAAAAUGUCCGUUCGGAGUAUUAAUAUGCCUUCCUCAGAUGUAACCAUGCAUGGUCAAGUAGUUGACACGAUCAACAUUCUCGAGUCAUGUAAAUUUGUUGAACCCGAAUAUGUUGAAACAGUACAUAUAAUAGAUGCAUCUUCCGACACUGAUACCAGCUGCCCAUCGCCGAAGCCUGACAAAAAGCAAAUGAAUGUUUCUAAGCCAUUGAGCAGGAUAACAACGAGUACACCUAAAUCGAGUAAACCAAUAAAUACCGUCCAAAUAGGCGGUGAACAAUCUCAAUCUCCAAAGCAAUUGAGAAUAAGCAAAAAACUCAUACUUCCACAAAAGUCUUCUAUUGAUGUACUCAGAGAUUUCGAUAAAAUAUGCCUGAAUGUUGAGGAGGCGUCAAAAAAUCAUCCAGGUCUCAGGGAUUUGGUAUUCGACGAACGAGACAGCUUUUAUAGCUCAGAUAAGGAGAACUAUGACGAGUUGCUAGUAUUUUCAGAAGAUGAAGACAUUCCACGAUAUUCCAUCGAAAUGGCCACCGACUCGGACAGUGACACGAGCCGAAUCGAGACACCUCAUGCGAGUAAUUUGGGAGAAAAAAGUAUCAAGGUAAUAUCACCAAGUGAUCAAACUCCAUUCAGUCCGAUUGGAAAUUAUCGAUAUGAUUCGUACAAAAAGCUUACUUCUCUGGAACAACGUGUCAAUGAAUUCGAUAAGACUGCGAAGUACAUGAUAAAAAAGCUGGAACAAACCCGCGAUAAAAUUGACAAUUGCGACGAUGGACCAAGCGUGGUCGAGAAUCUAAAAUUGACGAUUGCUCCUGACGCAGCAACGCUUAUUUCACAAGGUGACACACUGAUCCUGGAAACACAUGGCAAAUCUAAUCUUCUUACCCAACGAUUAAUGGACACUCAAGCACGACUGCGGGAUAGAUUUAAGGAAGUUCAAAACUCAAGAAAUUUCAAAUGUUUCAACAAUGAUAUACGGCUACAAAUGAGUUUGAAUGACAGUGAUUCUUCUACCAAUGAGUUCUCUCAUCUCAAAGCCAUUGAUUUGGAAGAAAUUUCAUCCAAAGUGCUCAAACGUAUCGGUGAUUUGUUGGCAAAACCUCUCACAAAAGACAAUGAGGUAGAACUCACUAAGCGAGUAUUGGACAUUAAAGAACGCCAAGAGGAGGUAAAGCUGGCUAUUGGCGUAGCAUCACAAACGACACCAUCUAAGAAAGUAUCAGAUACGAUGACCAAUCUUGAAAUGGGUAUGCGAGAUUUAUCGAUUCAUUUCGACAAAACCAUAGCUGAUUUAGUUUCCCUGAAUAAAAGUGGGAGCAGGGAAGCCGCCAAUAUGCUUAGUGAACAUGAAUCAACAAAAAUUCUUGCAAUGUUAAAAGAAACGUCUCCUUGCAAAAGAGUUUCGAAGCCCUCUGAAAGCUUCUCUAGUGCUGCGGUUUAUGAUCCUGCAUCCAUGACUAUCAACCUUUCAGAAAUAUCAAAAAGUGUAGAAGAAUUGUUAGCGACACCUCUGGCUGAUAAUACAGAGGAAUGUGUUUCACAACGUGUUUUGGAUGUUAAGCGAAAACAAGAGGAAAUCAAAUUAGUAACCGAGUUGGUGUCGCAAUUUAGUCCCGAAGAGAAAGCGGCUGAUAGCAUGGAUAUACUGGAGAAGGUAACUAAGGAAUUGUCCGUACAUUGUGAUGAGGUCGUUACUGCUCUAGCGGCUUUGAAUCGUACCCGCACGUAUAAUUUAGAAAAGAACAUUUGUUUCCAAAAUGUGGAUAGCACUGCAGGUAAGAGCAACUGUCAUGAUGCCGAAAGCUACGUACCAGGUUUAUUUUAUGCGAAAACGCGAGCAAAAGCGGUGGCUGCUGCUUUAACAAAUAAUUUUGAUAAAUCUGUUGCACAAAUAGUGGACUGGCUGGAAAUGGAACGCGAGAUGUUGAAAAAACAUUGUGUUGUUGUUGCGGACAGUGACAUGAUAUUAGAUGCAAUAGGCAAACAAAAGGUAUGUACUCUUAAUUGAUUGAUUAGCGUUUUAGUAGAAUGAUUGUAUAUCUUAUUACGUUGUUUUUCCUUUGAAUUCUACUACUAUUGUAUAACUUUCACUAUUCA